AUGGCUCCCGUCCCCAUGGACCCCAUCUUCGUCUCGUUUCAUGACGACAAUGCGAUGAUGACCCCGUUGUGCCUUGUUGAUGGGCGACCUGACACCUUCCUGCUCACCACCGGGGGGUUUCCGCAGGACAUCAUCCUCAGUGUGGGCACCUCCGCCUUCUCUGACAUCUCCAGUUUGCGGUUGGAGCUGCACGAGGCGAAACGGAUUGUGGUGGAAAAGUGCACCACAGCGCUACCAACCGUCUUUGAAAAGGUGGCGGAUCUCACGCUGCCUCGCACGCCUGAGGACGUGCGGCAGGUAGAGGAACUGCAAUUUGAUCUGCAGAGUACCGGCAAAGGCGUCCGCUACUUCCGCCUUCGUCUCUUGUCGGGGUACAACCAGUUUGUUGGUUUGUUUGGGGUCACAGCGGACGGAGAGGAGUCGCAGCAACGCGUCGCCAUCCUGGAGUCACAGCCCGAGGUAGUCAUGUGA